AUGACUCUGCUCUCGUCACUAAAGUCCAAGGCGUCCAAGUCAGACAGCGAUUCGGACUCGGAUCCGCCGCCUCGAUACAGCCAGGUUGUGGACGACUACCCCAACGACAGCAGCUCUUCUGGCGGCUUUGUGCCAUCGGCAACACUGCAAGUCGAGGCGAUUGGGUACGAUACGAAUCAGGCAUUGACCGGCAGGACGCUGGAAAACAUCUCUGUCUUCCGUUUGGGCUGCAAAGAUGCCGAGUACGUCUCGAUUCGUCUCAAGAAGAACUCCAACUCGUGUGCCCUUGUUCGGGCCUCGGAUGAGACUCCUCUCAUUUCCACGGUCUACCGCUUUGGCCCUGGCAGACACCCUCGGAUGCGCAUUCUGGACUCGCAGAGCAAAGUGUCUGUUGAGGAGGCCAUCAAAGACGACAAUGUGACUGGCGAGCAGGUCGAGGUGAAGAGUCGCUCGCUGAUCUCGCGAGCGCAGACCUUCGACAUGUCGUUCGGCAAGUUCGAGUGGCGCUACGGCAAGCGCAAGGAGCGAGCAGCUUUCGACGCCGACAACAUCCUCAUCUUGGAGCGCACGGACAGCGUCUCACUUGCAGAUGGCGGGCAGUCCAAGAGUGGUGCGCGCGUUGCGCACCUCAUCCGCAACGACGAGUACCGCACCCCCGGCAGCAAGAAAUACUCGGGUGGCAACGGUGGCCGCCUAUUCAUCGAUCUGCGCAUCUGGAGCGACGACAAGCACACCAACCUCGAGAGGGUCGAGGCAUUCGUUGUGGCGAGCUCCAUCUUGAUGCUCAAGAGAGAGGCGGAUCGCUUCAUCGACAACCACAUCGCCGCCGUGUCUUAG